AUGAAGAAAGUGGUGGUGGUCACUGGGGCCAGCAGUGGCAUUGGCUUGGCUCUCUGUGAACGGCUGCUCUCUGAGGACGAUGAACUUCAUCUAUGUUUAGCAUGUAGGAACCUGGCCAAGGCUGAAGCUGCCCGAGUCACUCUGCUGUCUUCUCACCCCAUGGCAGAGAUCACACUGGUACAGAUCGAUGUUAGUAACCUGCGAUCCGUGUUUCAGGCCUCAAGAGAACUCAAACAAAGGUUUGAACGUUUAGACUACCUCUAUCUGAAUGCUGGGAUUAUGCCAAACCCACAGCUGAAUUUAAAAGCACUUUUUUCUGGUCUCUUCUCAAGAAAGAUAUUUCAUAUGUUCUCCACAGCUGAGGGCCUGCUGACUCAGGAUGACAAGGUUACUGCCGAUGGACUACAGGAGGUGUUUGAAACCAAUGUCUUUGGCCACUUUAUUCUGAUUCGGGAGCUAGAACCUCUGCUUUGUCACCCUGAUAUUCCAUCGCAGGUCAUCUGGACAUCUUCUAGCAAUGCCAGGAAAUCUAAUUUCACUCUGGAAGAUUUCCAGCAUGUCAAAGGCCAUGAACCCUACAGCUCUUCUAAAUAUGCCACCGACCUUCUGAGUCUGGCUCUGAACAGGAAUUUUAACCAACAGGGCCUGUACUCCAGUGUAGUGUGCCCAGGGACUGUGAUGACCAAUAUGACAUAUGGAAUUCUGCCACCUUUCAUCUGGAAACUAUUGAUUCCAUUCAUAUUUCUGCUGCGCUUUUUUGUAAAUUCUUUCACAACAACACCUUACAAUGGAACAGAAGCCUUGUUAUGGCUUUUCCGACAAAAGCCAGAAUUCCUGAAUCCCUUAACCAAAUAUCACAGUGCGACCACAGGCCUUGGACACAAUUAUGUAAGCCCUCAAAAGAUGGAUCUGGAUGAAGAGACUGCUGAAAAAUUUUACCAAAACUUGCUGGACCUGGAAAAGCGCUUUGGGGCUAUCAGAGCCAAAUCACUGGAUAGAGGGAGUCGAAAAUGAAUUUCUUAGAACCAUCAUAAGCUUUCAUUCUGAGUGCUUUCUCUUCUAUUGACUUGGGUGAA